CUUUUCCUAGUUUUAGUUAUAUCGCAGACUCGAUUUAGUAGCGCCUUCCGCAACUGGAUUGUUUUCAGUCUCUCUCAGUUGCUAAACGAAGAAACCAGUGAAGUGACGAUGACGGCGACCAUAACGGCCGCGUUCAGAACUGUAGAACCUUUGGAAUAUUACAGAAGAUUCUUAAAAGAAAAUUGUCGGCCUGACGGAAGGGACCUUGGUGAAUUUAGGACCACAACUAUCAACAUAGGUUCAAUUACAACUGCAGAUGGCUCUGCACUUGUGAAGUUAGGGAAUACUACAGUGAUAUGCGGCAUAAAAGCAGAAUUUGCAACACCCACCGUUGAUUCCAGUAACAAAGGAUAUAUCAUUCCCAAUGUAGAUCUUCCUCCACUUUGUUCAUCAAGAUUUCGACCUGGACCUCCAUGCGAAGAGGCUCAGGCAGCUAGUCAGUUUAUUGCUGAUGUCAUUGAAAAUUCACAGAUGAUAAUGAAAGAAGAUCUAUGCAUUUUAGAUGGAAAGGUGGAAGGACAAUAACAGAAGCAAAGCUUCAAGACUGUAUCAGUCGGGCAAAAACACGACAUAAAGAAGUACAAAAACUAAUGGAUAAAAUAAUCAAAAAUGUAUAAUUAGUAAAAAGUGUAUUUACUAUUUGCUCACAAAACCAUUACCUCAAUAAACAUGCUACAUUUA